CCUCUUCAUACCAUCCCGACACUUCUAGGUUAUCCCAGACAUUCAGCUGCUAUUGUCUACACAAAGGAAAGGGGGCUUUGUCUUUGGAUUGCGCGAAUAGUUUUGUGCUGCUUCUUCUCUACUAACCUACCACCAGUCCACAAGUUAGGUCGACCCCUUUCUACCACAUCGCACCCCUUCAUCUGCAUCAUCGGCAAAGCAUCCGGAUAAAGCCGAUUGUUACAUUUAGCAGUCAUCCAACAAAAUUUCCAUCCACCAGAGGCUCGCCGCCAUCUUGUGCCACCUAUGAACGGUGUGGUUCUUUCUGUGCGCGCACAACUUUUCACCAAGCGACAACCUCUUACUUUAGCGAAACGAACCUUCAAGGCCAUCGACUAUUCUCCUUUUACCUUGGCCCUGCCUAUGCGCAUAUUCACAUCCCCACGAACUGACAUCAAAGGAUAGAACACGUCAAGUCGCGGUCUAUUCUGCAGCCUAGGUUGGGACAUGAUGAGUUACUACCCAUACGGGUACGGAUACGGGGAUGGCCAGUACCAAGGCCAACCGGCUGGGGGUAACAACUCUCAUUCUGCGCCUCAUGGAAACACCGGUCCACCAUCACAUGGCAGCGUGCCUGGUCUUCAUGUGACCCCUUUGACCCCUGUCCAAAGUGCCCAAACCUCGUUUGAUCAAAACCGAGGCACAAUACCAGGCCUGGCUUUCAGUCAAUCCACAGAUGCUGCGAGAUGGCCUCCAUGGCAGUCGGCGGAAGAGCCUAAUCUCGUGCCCGCCGCCCAAUUCUAUCGACAUCCGAACGGUGCUUCCGACGGCUCAUCUGGCCCAACGAACAUGAACACGAACACGAACCCAUCCAACCCGCACAGUCAAGAGCGAGGUCAAGAUCAUCCUACCUCUCCUGCUACCGUCCAACAACCCCAAAUGCGGUCCGCCGAUGAUAAUGACACCGCAGAAGAAGGGGAACUUUCCGAGGGAGAAUUCAACGAUCUCUACGAGCCUGAAAGCUUUGGUCAGCCUACGACGGCUCGCCAGGAAGACGACGAUGAUGACUAUGAGCCAGGAGAGGCAGCCUGGGAUGACGUCCAGGUACAGGCACAGGUUCAGGCAGAGGCGCAAGCCCAGGCAGAGGCGCAGGCCCAGGCACAGGCCCAGGCCCAGGCACGACGCCAACAGGACCGUCGGGAGACUGGACAGGCCGCUGGUCAGAGGGCUCUUCCCUCCCAUACUGCUAGUCGGGAACGAUCCGGCUCCUAUUCGCCUUUUCUUUCCCCUACAGAGAUACAACCCGCGACACAUCCUGCGUUGCAGAUGGACACCCCACAGCCGCUGGGCUCGACCAAAACAGUAUCCUCUCGGGAGAUCAAUCGAACCCAGCAGACACGACUCACAGAAGCCAAGAAGCGUGCUCGGGAUGCCAUUCUCCGUCUCUGGCCUCUCAACGUCAAGUACAGAAACUAUGUCGAAGAAGGGAUUGACGAGGCGGUCCUCCGUGAGCUGUUCAAGGAACUCGGUCUGACCAUAGAUCCUCCGCACAUCACGCCCACAAGCACGGGGCCGCAAAUACCCGGCUUGGCACCCCCCGCGCCGACUCAGGCAACCCAACCUGCGCGGCCUGCUCAGCCAGCUCAGCCUUCGAAAAGGGUAGACACCGGUGCUGGUGGACCUCAAGCUCCCCCUACAGCCAAGUCAUCGGCUCCUCCUGCGUCGGCCUCUCCGUCGGCUCCUGCUCCGAUUCCUCCACCUGUUCAGCCGCCAGGCCCAGCGAGAUCAACUGCAGCAGACAAGGCCGAGGAAAGAAAGGACAGGAUUGCUCGACUGCUAGCGGCAAAGGGGGCGAAAACACCCGGUACUGUUGCAUCACAAGCCUCUGCGGGAAGCCAGAAAACUACACAGACACCACCAAGGCCCGAAGCAGAAGCAGAAGCAGAAGCAGAACCUCGCCCUGCGUCUUCUUCAACUUCGCCCCCGGGCUCUGCUUUGACGGCGAAGGAGUUGCAACAACAGCAGAAAAGGGAGGCUCUCGAAAAGUCUCGCGAAGCCCGUGCUGCGCAGAGAGCUGCCUCGCGUAAAGACACCGCUGUAGUCCCGCCUUCGACAUCGGGCGCGUCGCAAGAAACUGCUGCGGUCGAGACCCUCAAACAACCCGGACCCGGACCCAGACCCCAGUCGAAAGACCAGCAUCCCAAGGGGCAGCCCAGUUCGCAGCCGACCACCCGCGCACCCGAGCCAGCAGCAGUCGUCAUGCCCCCGGAAUCCGCUUCAGGCACCCCCAUACCCCCCCAACCUACACCAAACCAGAUAUUCGGCCCGUCUUCGAUGCCUGCGGCUCAACCCCCGCUUCCCGCUUCGAAAGGUGUUUCGGGUAUUCCUGGUCUCUUCACGCCUACUGCGUCUACUACGCCUACGCAUACUGCCACCGUUCCUCAGGCGACUGGGAAUCAACGCAAACGGCCGGUUGCAGCGGACUUUGUCGACGACGGCCCUCCCCAUCCAUUCAAACGACCCUUUAGUGAAGGCCGCAGUCAAAGGCUGGUCAUCAACGUCAGCGACGACUCGGAUGACUCGGAUGUCGAGAUGGACAUUGGCUCUGGAGAUGAGUCGCUACCCGCCACCCAGCGGACGGCCACUCCGCUUCGGAAAACGGCGUCGUUUCGUCACAUCCCCCCACUACUGGCCGAUUCUGUCGGCCAGCGCCAGCUUUCCAGUCCUGCCCCCAACGGCGCCAACGGUGCUGCUUCCACGCCUCCGGUGAAUUUGGAGCACAUGAAUAAGGAGAUUGAGGCCAUGAAACGGAGAAUCGCCCUGGCGGAGGCGCGUAAGAAGCUCAUGCAAGCGCGAGGCACGAAUAACAAUCAGACGCCGGCCAGCAGCUCCAAGUCAGGCGGACAAACACCCGAAGCCGUCCCGGACAACGCGGCGGAUGCUCCCAAAGCGUCGUCGCCGCCGCUGUUGGCGGCUUCCCCAUCUUCACCGAACGUCUCGAACGUUCCCACAGGCCGCUCUUCGCCGGUCCAAACCCAGUCUGAGACGGUCUCGGCCAAGCUUCCCAAGCCCUCGCAGAGAUCGAAGGCGACUCAGUCGGGGUACCGGACAGAACGAGUUCGCGUCCUCAGCCAGAGCAUCCCCGGCAUAGAUGGGAAGCUCCAAACCAAGAUGCAUAAGCUGCGGUUGCUGCAAUCCCAAGCGGCUCGGUUGGAGAAGGAGAUUGAGAACGACAUGGCUGAGAAGCAGAGGCUCGCGCGGGAGCUGGAAAGCCUGCAGCGAGAUGAGGAUAGUGGAGCCGAGGCAGAGAUUCCUCGACCGACCACAAACGGCAAAGUGGUUUCCAGUCCUGGUCCAGCUCGAUCGGAAGAGGGAGAGGCUUCGGCGCAUGAGAAGAACGACGCACAGUCUUCUACAAUCGAUACCGGUGCCGUUGUCCAUGUCGGUGCCUCGGCGUCCUCCGGUACUUCCCUUUUCGAACCGUCGAAUCAUGCGCCGAACCUGACCGAGACGGGUCAGCCACCACCCACCGAAGAUGGCACGACAGUCGAAACCAUGGCUGCUUCUGACGCCGUCCCAAUACCGGGCGAGACGGGGGACAUGGCAGCCGCGAAUGAGAGUGGUGCGGAAAUACCAGUACCCACCACGACGGGCGAGCCAUCAGAUCAUGGACAUGGAUCGAGUCCGUAUUCGGAUUCAGGUUCAGGUUCAGGUUCAGGCUCGAAUUCGCAUUCGGAUUCAGCAAGCGAGCCUCAGGGUCCGGCUGAGUCGGUGGCAGCGGACGACAACGAGCGCGAAGAUGCCAGCAUGGAGAUGGAUCACUCGGAAACGGAGCAAGACGUUUACGGGGCACCGGGGACAUUUGACGCCUCGGACACCGCUGACGCCGCUCAUACUACCGGCUCUACCGAUGUGGCAGCUACAGAACAGGACAUUGACAUUGUUCCCCUGGCGAGCCGUGAUGCGGAUAUGCCGUCGCCCGACGUGGGCGUGAACGGAGCAGCCGUCCCGGAACAAAUAUCAGUUGGCCUGGACGAUUCGAAUCCCGAACCAGGGCUUGGGCUCGGGAGCACACGAGAAGAACACCCAGACGUUGCCGAUGGCCGACGCGCGCGUGGCGGAGGCAGAAGCGGUAUCGGUAAUGGCAGUGGUGGUGGUAGUGGUAGCGGUAGCGGUAGCGGUAGCGGUGGCUUCACACCUUACGAAAGCCCUCUGCAAUGCUUCCGCGACUACCGAUAUCACCCCGAGUUCGACCGCAGAGUGGCGGGAGGCCUGCGAUCACUAACAUACAGCAACAAGAUCGAAGCCAACACCCCGAUGUGUCCCGACCAGCUCAGCGGCGGGCCAUGUCCCCGAGGGGGCGACUGCCAGUACCAACACUUCGAGUCGAUGAAGCUGCCCGACGACCAGAUCCUUCUGCAACUCGGCAGCACUACGCUGGAUGGACCGCGGAGGUCGCAAUUCAACAACGGGUUGCGCGAACUGCUGCAUGACAUGAGAUUGCGCAACAUUAAGGACUUUCCUACCAUCGCGAGAGGAAUCGCUGACUACCGCAACCGCUUCCUCGGCGACCCUUCCAAGAUUCUAUCUUUGGGUGACGUUGCUCUCUAAUGAUCCGGCAGCUUUUUAUUUUUUUAUUUUUUAUUUUUUUUUUGAACGAUGGAGAUCUCAACGACACACAAACAAACGGACAUCUUACCCAACCUUCUGGCAUGAGUAUCAUGACCCGACUCAUCCCUACUAUCCGAACACCGUAUGUAUGAGUACCUGCCCAGCAUAUAGGUCGUCCUAUUCCCGGCCUUUUUUUUUCUUCUUCUUUUUCUUUCUUUCUUUCGCGAUGCAUUCAGUAGAGGACGAGUGCGUACGACUUUUUCCCACGAUACCCCCCCUAGC